AUGGAACUGCUGCAAACUACAGGUGUUCUGGUGCUUAUGACCUGCGAAUCCUUGACAGUGCCCCUACAGGUGUCAAGCAUGAUGGCACAAUGUGUGAUACAUGCAAGCAGCAGCCCAUCUUUGGCAUCAGGUGGAAAUGUGCAGAAUGCCAAAACUAUGAUCUCUGCUCCCUUUGCUAUCAUGGAGACAAGCAUAAUAUGCGGCACCGAUUUUAUAGAAUCACCCAUCCUGGUGGAGAAAGAGUCCUCCUGGAACCAAGGAGAAAAUCUAAGAAGGUUGGAUUUAGAGGGAUUUUCCCUGGAGCUCGUGUAGUUCGUGGAGUUGAUUGGCAAUGGGAAGACCAGGAUGGUGGAAAUGGAAGACGAGGGAAAGUCACUGAGAUACAGGAUUGGUCAGCUGCUUCUCCUCGUUCAGCAGCUUAUGUCAUAUGGGAUAAUGGCUCUAAGAAUCUCUACAGAGUUGGGUUUGAAGGAAUGGCAGAUCUGAAAGUCAUUAAUGAUGCUAAGGGAGGAACUGUCUAUCGGGACCAUUUGCCACACCUUGGAGAACAGACAUCUUCUCAGUCUGGACCUGGAGGAAUCAAUAUUGGAGACCAGGUGAAUGUUGACUUGGACUUGGAGAUUGUUCAAAGCCUUCAGCAUGGACAUGGUGGUUGGACAGAUGGCAUGUUUGAGUGCCUUGGAACCACUGGAACUGUGGUGGGAAUUGAUGAAGACCAUGACAUAGUUGUCUCCUAUCCCAGUGGCAAUAGGUGGACAUUCAAUCCAGCAGUCCUUACAAAAGUUAACAGUCCAGUUCCCAGUACUCAGAGUGGGACUGUGUCGACAUCCCAACCAGGAGAAGGAAAUAAUCUCACUUCACUCCAACAGUUUUCUGUGGGGGAUUAUGUACAGAUAUGUUCUGACCUGGAGAGAAUGAAACUACUGCAAAAGGGUCAUGGGGAGUGGGCUGAGGCAAUGCUUCCUACGCUGGGGAAAAUUGGAAGGGUGCAGCAAAUAUACCAUGAUAAUGACCUCAAAGUGGAAGUGUGUGGAACCCUGUGGACUUACAAUCCAGCUGUGGUGGCCAAAGUUGCAUCUGACAAUGCUGCUUCUGGCUGUGCUCAUGGAGAGCACUUGAAUGCCCUCCUGAAAAAGUUGUUUGAAUCAACGGUGUCUGGAGAUGCAAUCGAGGAGCUUGUAAAGUCAGCUGCUAAUGGUGAUGCACAAAGAGUGGAUGAUGUCCUUAAACAUGGUGAAACCAAUGUCAAUGUGGUAUUUGCUGGUCACACUGCCCUUCAAGCUGCAGCUCAAAAUGGACAUGCUGAAGUGAUUCGGACACUCCUACGCAACAAAGCAGAUAUGGAAAUUGAGGAUAAAGAUGGUGAUAGAGCAGUACAUCAUGCAGCCUAUGGUGAUGAGCCUAUUGUGCUUGAGCUCCUUGCACGCUCAGGUGCUGAUCUCAAUGCUCGAAACAAAAGGAGACAGACAGCCCUACACAUAGCUGUGAACAAAGGUCAUGUUGGGGUAGUAAGAAUGAUACUCCAGUUAGGUUGUCUUCCCAGUCUUCAAGAUUCUGAAGGUGAUACUCCAUUACACGAUGCCAUUAGCAAGAAGCGUGAUGAUAUGCUUGCCUUGCUCCUGGAACAUGGAGCAGACAUCACCCUCACCAAUAACAAUGGCUUCAAUGCUCUGCACCAUGCUGCACUUCGAGGCAAUCCCAGUGCGAUGCGGAUCCUUCUGACAAAAUUGCCCCGACCGUGGAUGGUGGACGAGAAGAAGGACGAUGGUUACACGGCGUUGCAUUUGGCAGCCUUGAAUAAUCACUGUGAAGUGGCAGAACUCCUGGUGAAACUAGGACGAGCUAACAUGGAUCUGCAGAACAUGAAUCUCCAGACGGCGCUUCACCUAGCAGUUGAACGCCAACACACUCAGAUUGUUCGGCUCCUAGUGCGAGAGGGAUGCGACGUGAACAUCCCGGACAAGGAUGGCGAUACACCCCUUCACGAGGCGUUGCGGCAUCACACACUCUCCCAGCUCCGCCAGUUGCAAGACAUGCAGGACAUCGGGAAGCUCCUGAUGGGUCUUGGAAAUCAAAGCAGUGACAAGAAGAGUUCGGCGAGUAUAGCUUGCUUCUUGGCUUCACAUGGAGCUGACAUACGGAUCCGAAACAAGAAGGGUCAAACCCCCCUCGACCUCUGCCCCGAUCCCAGUCUGUGUCGUGCUCUCAAGAAAUGCCAACGAGAAAUGGAGAACAAUACAUCUGGGGGUUCUCAGCCCAGUUCUCCAGGGUCAUAUAAUGGCACAUCGACGACAAAUUUUGAAGAGUGCAUGGUUUGUUCUGAUACGAAGCGGGACGUUCUCUUUGGUCCCUGCGGCCACGUUGCUUGCUGCUCUCGCUGCUCACCCAUCAUCAAAAAGUGCCUCAUCUGCAAACAGGCUGUUCAAUCCAAGACAAAGAUUGAAGAAUGUGUGGUGUGUUCGGAUAAGAAGGCUGCAGUCCUUUUCCAACCCUGUGGUCAUAUGUGUGCCUGUGAUGGAUGUGCCGCUCUCAUGAAGAAAUGCGUUCAAUGUAGGGCUCAAAUCGACAAAGUCAUCCCCUUCACCACGUGCUGUGGUGUCCCCUCACCUGAAAAGCUGUUAGUUGUACCACCUCCUGCUGUGGCCGUGAUGAACAACGGGAGCAAAGACACAUACCACUCUGACUAUGACCGCUUGAGACAUGAGCUUCAUGACAUCAAAGAACAGACAAUGUGUCCAGUGUGCCUUGACAGACUGAAAAACAUGAUCUUCCUUUGUGGCCAUGGUACAUGUCAGAUGUGUGGAGAUCGCAUGUCUGAGUGCCCCAUUUGCCGAAAACCCGUCGAGAAGCGUAUCCUCCUCUACUGACUAGAAUGAUGCAUUCAGUGAUCCAUUGCUGUCACUCAUAUACAGAGAAAAGAAGAAAAAAGAUGUUUGUUUUCGUCUGUGUUAGUUGCGCUUCACCAUGCCUUACUUUCAUUCAAUUCUUCUCACUGUUUCUCCCCCCCCCCCUUUACUUCUCGAAUGUGUUGGAUGAAAGACAGGCUUUGAAAGUUCGUUUUGCUGCUGAAACAUUGUUUUUACAUUUAUUUCCCAUUCUCAGAUGAAUAUUUGAAUGUAUUGGAACAUUUGCUGGUUGGAUUUUGUAAUCAGGGAUGGCUGAGUGGAUUUACCCCCUUUUCCUUGUUUUGUUUGGUUUUGUUUUUCUUUUUAUGAGCAAAAACUCUGCGUUUGUGCAAGAAAUAGAAUAAAUUUGAUAUAAAUUCCUA